AUAGAUCAAGAAGAACCCUCUCUGUUUCUAUCUGAAGUGAGAGAAGAAACUCUCUUCUCCGUCCAAAUCUGGUUCUACCUUCUACCUUCGAUUCUGUGAGAAAAAAAGCGAGGCCAAAAAUUCCUCAAUUCUUUAUACAAUCGAUUUCUAGGGCUCUGAUUUGAGUAUUUUGAUUUUGACUUUUGCUUCUUUCCCUUUUUGCUUCUUUAUUGUCGUUGAUCGAUAUGAAGGACGACGAUGUCCUUCCAACGACGAUAGCGAGUGCCGGGAAGAAAGAGAGCUCGGUUUCGAGUUUAUUCGGCAAAGGACGCUACAAGUUCUGGGCAUUGGCUGCCAUUUUGUUGCUUGCAUUUUGGUCUAUGUUCACCGGUACCGUCUCUCUUCGGUGGUCAGCCGGUAAUCUCAACGGCCUAUCAGAUGAUAUCGAUUUUAGCAUCCAUGACGAUCUCGAUGUGCUUGAGAUGGAGGAAAGGGAGAAGAUAGUGAAGCACAUGUGGGAUGUUUAUACAAAUAAUCGCCGGAUCAGGUUACCGCGUUUCUGGCAAGAGGCAUUCGAGGCUGCGUAUGAGGACCUGACUAGUGAAGUGCCUGGUGAUAGAGAGGCUGCAAUUUCUGAGAUCGCUCGAAUGUCCGUGCACUCUGUUGUUCUUGAUACGCCCUCGGACCAAUCCACGGCUGCACGAGAGUUCACAAAGAGGCAGAAAAUAGCAGAUAAAAGCAGGCAGGCAGCUACGAAAACUUGGAGUAAGCUGUGACAUGGAUGAUCCAAGGUUCGGGGCCUCUCUAUUCUGCCUUUUCUGCCAUUAGAUUGCUGUCUGAAGUUUGUAGGAGGCAGUGAUUGGCAAAUCUAUAUUCUUUAAAAUUUUGAUAUUUUUUCCCCUUUGCUUUUACACUAUUGCAAGAUGGGUCAAACAGCCUUUUUGCCUAGAAUGUUAGAAUGAUAUUUGUUAAUGUUAUUUAUAAAGGUUAAAAUCAAUUUUUGAAUGUCUCAUAUUCGACCA